GGAACGAUCACAGUUUUUUUUUCUGGGUUAUACAAACAUGUCUUUCUUGGUUUGCAGAGAGAGGGAGAGAGAGAAAAUGGUGAAGAAGAGUUACCCGGAAGUGGAGGAAGAUUACAAGAAAGCUGUUAAGAGAUGCAAGAGAAAGCUCCGUGGUCUUAUUGCGGAGAAGCACUGUGCUCCCAUCGUUCUCCGUCUUGCAUGGCACUCGGCGGGGACAUUUGAUGUGAAGACGAAGACGGGAGGACCGUUUGGGACGAUAAGGAUUCCACAAGAGCUAGCUCAUGAUGCUAACAAAGGUCUUGAUAUUGCUGUUAGGCUUCUUGAGCCUAUCAAAGAGUUGUUCCCCAUCUUGUCUUACGCUGAUUUUUACCAGCUAGCUGGAGUUGUUGCUGUUGAGAUCACUGGAGGACCCGAGAUUAGAUUUCAUCCUGGUAGAGUGGACAAAGUUAUGCCAGCUCCUGAUGGUCGUCUACCUCAGGCCACCAAAGGCGUGGAUCAUCUGAGAGAGAUAUUUGGUCGGAUGGGACUAAAUGACAAAGAUAUCGUUGCAUUGUCUGGUGGACACACCUUGGGUCGGUGCCACAAGGAACGCUCCGGAUUCGAGGGGCCAUGGACACAGAAUCCUCUCAUUUUCGACAACUCUUAUUUCAAAGAGAUACUAAGCGGAGAGAAAGAAGGACUUCUUCAACUUCCAACCGACAAGGCUCUCCUCGAGGAUCCUCUCUUUCGUCCUCUCGUUGAGAGAUAUGCUGCAGAUGAGGAUGCCUUCUUCGAAGACUAUGCUAAAGCUCAUCUCAAGUUGUCAGAACUCGGGUUUUCUGACAUGGAGUAUGUGGAAGCUGGUGGUGUCUUAUGUAGGCCUGGGCACGGAUCGGAUAUUCGGGUUUUUGAAGGUAUUUGUGAUUUGCUUCGAAUGUUACGGAUAUCUGAUUUUUCGAUUUGCUUUGCUUCGGAAAAAUACGGAUAUUCGGAAAAACGGAUAUCCGGAAAAUAAAUAGAUAUUUGCGGAUAUUCGCGGAUACUUACGGAUCUCUCAUUUGUUUUGAUUAAUACAAAUAAUCUUAAAAGUUUGAUACAAAUUUGUUUUGUAAAAUAUAUUUUUUGCAUGAUAUAAAAG